UUUCCCUCCUCUUCUUUUGCAGGAAUAGAAUAAACGGACAUAGUUUCCGGCUUUCAAACGGAAACCGGAAGACAGUCGGGAAUUCUCUUUUCUGCUUUUGCCUUUUCUGCCCGAUCUCUCUCCGGCUUCCCGCAGGCAAAGCGGGAUUAUUGGGGUGCUGGUCGCUUAGCUUUUUCUCGUGGCCUCUCGCAAGAAAAGACGGCCUGCCUGCGCCCGCUUCACUCGACAGAUACUGAUGCAGAAUCCUCAGAGCCAACCCUGUGAGAUGUUUCAUUUGAAUCAGAGGUGGAAGAGCCAAUAGCAGAUACAAAGAGGAGUUCAUGAGCCCCACAAAAGAUGGAGACAUUUAGAGACAAGACUGUAGAUGAGCUGAAGGAGUUGCAGGAGAAUUUGGAGGAGAUUGCCCGCUUGGCAUUAGAGUCCAAUGAGAUCCAGGAUAUACAGCUGGAAAGGGAGAUGGCUCUGGCCACAAAUCGUAGCCUGGCAGAGCGGAACUUGAAAUUCCAAGAACCCCUAGAAACGGGACGUGCAAACCUCUCUGACAAAUACCGGAUUCUGCAAGAGCUGGUGGAGCAGUGCCAGGAACAGAAGGCAAAACUGGAGAAAUUCUCAGCAGCAAUGAAGCCUGAUACGUUGUUAAAUCUUCUGCAAGUAGAAGGACAAAAAAUCGAAGAAGAAUCUGAGAUAAUGGCCGAAAAGUUCCUAGAGGGUGAAGUGCCUCUGGAGACAUUUCUUGAGCAGUUUUCCUCCAUGAGGAAGUUGUCCCACCUAAGGCGGGUGAAAGUGGAGAAACUUCAGGAAGUGCUGAGAAAACGUCAGUCUUCACAAGAGUCAGCAAACAGCACUGAUUUCAACCACCAGCAUCCUUCCGACAUACCUCCUGGGCCUGUAACCCAGCAGCCACAGCAUAGCUCAGCUGGGGCACCUCCCUUUCCUUUACCUUACAGUCCCUCCCCUUGCAUGCCUGCUGGCCCUUCAACUUAUGGAGCUCUCCAACCAGCUCCCUUUGGAGGAGCACCUGUUUUGGUAGGACAUGUUGCUUCCGCUCAACCAAGUUUCCAAUCUCAGUUUCCGUAUAAAUCACCCUCAGUUCCUGGUUCGGUACCCCAGUCUCAAGCAGGAGAUGCAUCUUCAUCUCCUGGGUACUCUUGGUCUCCAUCUAGAGCACCUCCUUCUGGACCAGGAUACCCACACCAGUCUCCCAGGGCUGCUGCUACAGGGCCAGGCUUCCCCCAGCCUCCGCAGCCUCCAUAUUUUCCACCAGGGGGGAGGCCACUGUGCCCAUAUCCUACACAGCCUCCAGUGCCUAGCUUACCUGUUGCCCCCCAGCCUCCAUAUCCCACAGGCCCAACCCUGUCCUUUGGAUAUCCUCCACCACCACUGCCUCCUCGAGGCCCUUCUUGGUCAGGAUACUAGUCAGGAUUUCCACACAGUAUUCUUUUUCACAGUAGCCUGAGAAAUCAGUUCUUGCUAGCUAAUGAGGUCCAAGCUGCAUACUUGGGAGCAUGAUCCUGAGGAACAUGCUUGCGUGAGCAUUAUAUUGAUGUAUGCUUGGUGUAAUGCUGUAAGAAUCGAGGAGUCCCUCUCUUGGGAGCUGUCCGUCCAUAAGCAUCAGCAGGCAUUGACUGCUGGCAGCCUUAAUGGACAGUGGUUCUGACCAAGAAGGCAGUUCAAGCCAUAGUUUAAAACACAGACUGAGACCAGACUCUCAGUUCCAAUUAAGCUGCUUGAGACAUAUUGAUUGAGAGCAGCUUGGAUCUGGUCCUCUGUGUGUGUGUACAACUGCGUGUGUGUAGUUUUCUACUUCAGUAUGCUAAGAUAGAAUAUAUAGCUACAUAUCCACACCCACACACACACACCCACAAAAGAAUUCUAUACAGUUAUAUUUACACAGAAGCCCUGGCAGGGAGAAAUCUGUCAGGCCUUCCUGAUGUAAAAAAUGUGCUUUCCCGGGAAGGAAGGAAAUACAAGAUUGACACAAGAGAAUAUUAGAAAUUAAACUGAGAGCAUAGCCCACUCUUGCCAUGCUUCAGAAGAGGUAUAUAAGCAAAUGCAACAGAGGAACAAACCCUGCAUUACCUGUUCCAUUUCAAUCAAGCAUCUGUCAAUUUCUCCCAUGUUGGUCAUUCCCAUACAACCAGGGGAGAGCGCAUAUUUUUCUCUGAGGGCUCUUUUUUCAUGGCAGACCUUCCGGGGCCACCACCCACCAGGGCCGGUGGGGCCAGAGGUAGCCCAUGCCCUUUCACAUACACAAUUCUUUGAAUCCUUUCCCAUCUGCUGCGUUUCUCUCUUCCCUCCCUCCCCUCCCAGCACAGGCUAGUAAAUAAAGCUCCCAUGGGCACCAAUAGGAGCUAUGUAGGGACGCAUUAGGGGAGGCACAAUGCAUGGGCAAGGUUAGCUCUUUCCGCCCCAGCUGUGCAGCGCAAUUCACCCCAACCCACCCCUUUUUAAAAUUGUAAUGGCUGUGUAUGUGUGUGUGGGGGGCAGUUUUGUAGGGGUUCAUAGUGCAGGGAAGGUUAGCCUGCCCUUCCCCAGCAGAAACCCCACAUCUCUGCCCCCAUAUGACGAUUGAACUUUUAGAGCAUAGUUCCAUGCAUGUUUUUCUAUGCAUAGGGGUCUGUCCUUAAAAGUGGAAUUGCUGUACCGAGGUGGGUGAGAGGAGGGACUGCAUGGGAAGCCUCCACAGGCCACGGCUUCCCCAUCUCUGCCAUGGAGGUUACCUGUCUUGCUUUUCCUCCCGUCCAGUGUGCUUUCACCAUCGCUAGCUUUACCACGGCUAAUUUUAUCUAUAUUCUCCCCUUUGAACAGACACAAUAGUUGUGUUAGGUAUGUGGAAGAUGUGAACUAGGGGGUCUGGAACUGUCUGAAGGUGAGGCAGCAGGGCUGACAAGCCACAUCACAACAUUUAUAGGCUUGGAAGCAAUGGACAAAAUGCUUCUGCACCUGUAACUACCACUCAGUGUGGAAUACUUCACUGAAGCUGAUGGGCGUUUGCUGCAAACAUAUCCAGUUACUUUUCUCUAAAAGCCUCUGAGUGUGACAGAGGACAUUCAUGAUGCCUUCGUUUACAAUCCCACUUUCUUCUGUUGACAAGAAACACUGGCUACCAACUGGGACAACAGAGAGGAACUAAUGGAAAUGGCUUUGCUCAGCACUUUAUCCUAUUGCUUGCCCAUGAUUUAUUUAAAAUACACUACUAAUAGAACAACUGCUUAUUAAAUUUGAUGGGAGCAAUUCCGUAUCUGUAAUUAUGGUAAUAAAACUUGAUAAAUUGCA